CCUGAAGACAGAAUGACAAGAGAAAUUCACUCGCUCUUCAUCAUUCAGAAGACAGAAAAAAAACUUUCCGAAGCACACCAUUCAGAGCACCAUCCUGUCCCGCUCCACCCUCUGUAGACGGGAGAAUGUGAGAAGAUUUUCAAAGGACUGUCUCAAUGAACAUGUAUUUAGGAAGUAAACUCUCCUGACCGGCUGUAGGGAGUGCCUUCAUGUACCCCGCCUAGUGAUGGUGCAGACCAUGUGUAGACAGGCACGCAUGUUUAACAGCCUCAAUUACAGUAGCACGCUCUGAUCUGCUGGGGUUCUUGAAAACACAGUCACAUGGUUUGAAAAGAAAGCAGGCGAGAGGAGGAGGAAGUUGAGACCGGAUAGCAGCAUGCUUACCUGGCAGAGUGUUAGUCUCACGUUAUACUCACCAAUGAAUUCACCUGACACUUCUGUGCACUUGGGCACCUGUUGGAGGAACUGACUCGGCCGGUGUGGACAUGACACAGAACGGCACUGUAGCCGGCAAUGGCACUCAAACUGAUUCUCUCAAAAUUGUGAUCGUCGGAGACGGGGGUUGUGGGAAAACAUCUCUGCUUAUGGUGUACGCCAAAGGAGAUUUCCCAGAGAAAUAUGCUCCGUCUGUGUUCGACAAAUAUGUCACCACUGUAUCCUAUGGAGGGAAAGACAUUCAGCUGAAUCUGUACGACACGGCAGGCCAGGAAGACUAUGAUCGCUUGAGGCCUCUGUCGUAUCAAGAAGUAAACCUUGUUCUCAUCUGCUACGAUGUGACCAAUCCGACGUCGUUCGACAAUGUCACGAUAAAGUGGUACCCAGAGGUCCGUCAUUUCUGCCGUGACGUCCCUAUUGUCUUAAUAGGGUGCAAGACAGACCUGCGAAAGGACAAAGAGAAGACGAGGAAGCUCAAAGCUUUAGAUCUGGCGCCCAUCACCUACCUCCAGGGUGAACAGAUCCAGAAACAAAUGAACGCUGAGAUAUACCUGGAGUGUUCGGCUAAAUAUAGAGAAAACGUAGAGGACAUUUUCAGAGAGGCGACCAAGCGAGCGCUAGCAGCCAGGGCUAAAGCAAGACAUCGCCGCAAGAAGAAGAAACGCUGCACCAUUCUGUGACCACUGCCAGAAGAACACACUUGUUCAAGUUUUGUAUAUAUGAACUAGGAUAUUCUGUAAACAUUCCGGAAACAUCUGCAAAGCUUCUCACAAUUGUUUAAGCUUUCUCGAAGGAAUAUUCUUCAGGACAUGUGGUGUGCGUUUUCUCACAAUCUAUCCAUCAAGCAAGGCUUAACUGUUUGACAGAGGUCACCAGUGUGUGUGUGAUAAGUCUGUAAUGGUCCACACCACAUCUUUCUGCUGGUGUUACUGAGAUGACUUGAUGGAAUUUGGUCUGCCAUGAUUGUGGAUCCAAUAGGAGAUGGAAAAACUGCUGCUGAGGUCUCAGGGAUGACUAUACAUAUAUCACAUAGUCACAUUUUAAAUUUGGUUACAAUCUGUGUUGUUUAUAAUGGUAACGCACAACUAACUGAAGUACACUGGGUGUAACAUGUUUCUGUUGUGCAAUGCAUGUUAUGGACAGUUUUUAAACUUUGAGUUACAGUAUUUUGUGAGUCUUUAAAGCGUUCUGAACAAAAAAUAGGCCUAUGGUGUACAAAAAAUCCUGGAGAUUUGUAGAAAUAUGAGUCUGUGUGUAGACCACCACCAUUUACAACAUUUUAACUGGAAUUUCACUUUUGUUUCUUUCAGUAGGCUACUGGGAUUGUAUCCCUAACUUUUUCAGAUCUCGCAUAGAUGCCAGAAAGUGUUUAAAUCAUUUGAAAACCAUUAUUGCACAAAUAAACCAGUGAUAUUUCAAGACAAA